AUGAAAUCGCGGGCCAAAGGCACGGAACAGGGUCCCGGGGAAAAGCCACCUUGGCUCUUCUCCCAUAGAUUCUUCAAUCCAUACUUUCUCAUCACAUCCGGUUUCGUGGUUGUCUUUUCGCACAAAAGGAUGUACCUACUGGAAGACGGUACGGCAGACGACAGGGUCUGGGCCUGUGUCCGUUGA